AUGGAUGUUGACUACUUACGCCAUGUCGGCUUGCUGGAGCACGAGGCGGCGUGGGACCGCGUGUCCUCAGGGCCCGUGGCGGACGUGGUCGAAGUGGAAGCAGCAGAUGACGUGACGCGCUCGCGGUGGAGCCCUGCCAAGCUUGCCGAGCAGCUCCGGCUGCUUCCUGUCGCGGCCCUGUUCCCCGAGCUUUGUGCCGAGGUGGUGCAGAUCUUGGGGCGCUGGUACCGGCGCUUCAAUCUGAAGACUUGGAGCCGGAUCGUCAAGGUCUGCAAGGGCUCUGCGCACCAGGUGCCCUGUGUGCUGAAGGAGCUGAAUGAAUCGGCCCCUGUCAUCAUGAAAGUGCGGAAGUGGGUGGAGUCCUUGCCUCCCACGGCCCCGAAGGCCUGCAUUGUGGACCUGGGUGCAGGCUUUGGAUUUUUGUCCAUGUUCCUAGCGGAGCUGCUGCCACCGGAACGCGUCGCGAAGUUCUUCCUGCUGGAUAUGACAUAUCCCAACCUGGGCGUGGGAAAUUCCAGUGGGUCUACAUCCAUUGAGCAUCUUCAGGGCUGGAAGUUCCCCAUGUACACGCUCAAAGUUGACCUCAAGAAGAAGUCCACCUUGAAUCAGCUUGCUGCCCGUGUCUUCCGCGCGCCUGUCUCAAAGGAGGACCCCCGCUACGCCCCCGUGUAUGCGUGCGGCAUCCAUCUUUGCAACACCCUCGGGAUUCGCGCCGCGCAGCUCUUUAAUGAAAACGCCGACGUGCGAGGCUUUGCCUUUGUCCCGUGUUGCUUUCCGACCUCGAGGCACUUGACCCAGGAUGUGAUCUAUCAACUGGGAGAGCACAAGUUCGCGGCGCGAGACUUCCUGGAUGGGAAGAAGCUGCCCUCCAACAACGACCGCUUCCUUCGCUGGGCAGAGCACGUCUUGGAGGGCAUCGAUCCUGGUCCUUCCGGGAGCAAAAGCCUCGAAAGGCACAUGCUCGUCAGGCCACGCCGCGGAAUGUUCGCGCAGGACAUCUAUAUCUUUGCAGAGCGGCCUGUGGCUCCUUUGGCUCAGGCGUCUGCGGGCACUCCGGGCACGCCGGAGCCACAGCCAGCGCAGCGCGGCAGCCCUGUGGUGAUCUGGGCCAAGUACGGGCACGGAAACAGGGCCCGCCGGAAGCCAGCGGGCCCGCAAGCGCCGGAAAGCGGCGGCGGAAGCGGCGAAAAGGCGGUGAUGGCGGUGUUGCAGAGUCUUGCUGAAUCAGCCAAGCAGCCUGCUCAUGACCUGACAUGUUCCAAGAUUCCAAGAUGGAAACGGUAG